ACAGGUGUAGGUGUGUUUACAGGUGCAGGUCAUGAGGGACAGGUGGUUGUCAUGGAGGAAAGUCUCAGAGGGGAAGACACAGAGGAGACUGACGAACAGCCGAGGGAGAGAAGAUCAGACAGACGGCAGAGGAAGAAGAAGACGGUGGUUUCAGGAUGAAGACGAUGGCGGAGGGUCUGGCAGCAGCAGCAGGAGGAGGAGGUGGAGGAGAUGUCAGCCUGCAGGACGUCCUGAGAGGACGGACAGACGGAGCCCAGAGGAUGAAGACCAGCUCCAACAUGAUCCGGGUCUUCAUCAGCUCCACAUUCACAGAUAUGAGCAGUGAGAGGAAAGCUCUGCUGGAGAAAGCUUACCCUGAAGUCCUGUCCUUCUGUCGCAGUCUGGGGCUGGUGUUUGAGGUGGUGGAUCUGCGGUGGGGGAUUCGAAACGUCACAUCUGGAGACCACGAGUCCUGUGAGACCUUCCUGCAGGAGAUUGAGAGCUGUAAGAGGAUUUCAGCCGGUCCAGCGUUCGUCGCUCUGCUGGGGAACUGGUAUGGACACCGAGCUCUCCCUCGCCUCCUCCCAGAGAAACAGUUUGAAGUCCUUUUGUCCAAACUUUCCAAAAACCCUGAAGGAGUCAAACAGCUGAGUCAGUGGUUCCUAAAAGACAACAAUGCCGUCCCGCCCACCUAUGUCCUUCAGCCAAUCACGGCUCACUUCCCCCACUACAGCGACCUUCGACCUGAGAGUGGGCCUAAGCGCGACAGUGACGUCUUGUCCUGGCGCCUCACAGAGACUCAACUGUUGCAGCUCCUACGGUCCGCCGCCGCCGACGCCGAGGCCGCCGGGGACGUCACAGCUGAGCAGAAACAACACUUCUACACAUCAGGUCAGAGGCGUCUCACACAGUCUGUCUGUUUGUCCCAGAGGAUCUGUCAAACCUGAGUCUUCUCCUUCUGGUCCACAGUCACAGAGCAGGAGUUUGAGCAGGGUUUGUGGAGAGACAGCGGCGAAGGCGAACCAUCAGCCCUGCUCUUCGUCAGGGAGAUCCCCCGACAGAGGGUGAGGGACGGUCCCAAGCGUCUCGCCAAGUUCAUGGACGUGACAGCCGACGGGCUGCUGGACACAGAAGCUCAGGGACUCCUCGCCGGCCUCAAGUCUCGGCUCUACGCCUCGUCGCAGAAGAUCCUCAACCUGCACUGUGUGGAGCUCAGCAAGGGCGGUGUUGACCCUAAACGCAAGGAGCACGCUCAAUACCUGGACGGUGUCUGUGAGCAGUUUGUGUCGCAGAUGAAGGCCCUGGAUCAUGGCGGCGGUGGAUUCCCUGGCCGAAGGGACAGGAGGAAGAUCUGGGGCAGCGUCGAGGAAGAUGAGGGGGAAACGUCAGACUGGAUAGUUGAGGAGGUCGGACAGCACGUCGCCAUGAGCACAGAGCUGUGCAGGGGCCUCCAUGGGAGAGAGGCCCUGCUGGGAAAGCUCUGCCUCGCCAUGUGGGAGUCCACCAACGUCCGCCACGGCCCGCUGGUUGUCCACGGCGCCGCCGGCAUGGGGAAGACUGCUCUGCUGUGCAAGCUGGCGCAGGAGAUGCGGAGCAUUCUGGAGGGCGGAUCGGUGGUGGCGAUCAGGCUGCUGUCGGCCCGUCAUCCUCGAAGACCAGACGUCGAUCACGUCCUCCGCAGCAUCUGCCUCCAGGUGUGUCUGGCCUGCAGUUUGGCUCCGCCUUCGCCGCUGACGGCCGGCACUCACCUGGAGCUGCUCAGGUUCUUCAGGAGCGUCCUGGCCCAGGUCUCCCAGCAGGGGAACACUCUGCUCCUCAUCCUGGACGGUCUGGAUCAGCUCUCGGACCAGCACCACACUCACAGGCUCCGCUGGCUGCCCGUCGACCUCCCGCCCAACGUCCACCUGGUGGUUUCCAUGGACACCAACAGCGAGGCCUUCGCUAACAUGCGGCUGAGGUUGGAGAGGUUGGAGAACUUCUUUGAGGUGGAGCGUUUGUCUCGUGACGAAGGGAAACAGAUCGUGGAGUCGAACCUGCGAGCGUCGCAGCGAACUCUGACCCCGGAGCAGAGCGACGCUGUGCUGCGGAGCUUCGAGUCCACCGGCUGUCCCCUCCACCUGAAACUGAUCCUGUCCGCAGCCAGACGCUGGAGCUCCUUCACCCCGCUGUCAGAGAUACGUCUGGGCGCCAACGCACAGGAAAUGAUGUCACAGCUGUUCAUGAUGCUGGAGGAGAAACAUGGGAAGCAGCUGGUGGGCGGGGCCUUAGGAUACCUCGCUCUGGCAAGGGAGGGUCUGCUGGAGGCCGAGCUGCGCGACAUUAUGUCCCUGGAUGAUGACGUCAUCUGCGAGGUGUACAGGCACUCGCUGCCUCCGACGCCCUCCUUGAUCCGGCUGCCCCCCCUCCUCUGGGCCCGGCUCAGACGGGACCUGGAGGACCAGCUGGAGGAGCGGUGGACGGGCGGGGUCGCCGCCAUCGCCCUGAACAACCGGCGUCUGUCUGAGGCGGUUUCAUCUCGCUAUCUGACAUCAGAGCGCCGGGGGCGGAGCCACAGGAUUCUGGGGGAGUACUUCCUGGGUCGGUGGUCUGGGAAACUGAAGCCGGUGUCUCUGCCUGGUCUGUCGCUGCUCCUCUCCGACAGAAAGGUCCCUCCCCAGCCGCUGUGGUUUGCUCCAGGAUUGGCUAACGUCAGGAAGCUGCAGGAGCUGCCUCAUCACCUGCUGCACGCCGGCCUGUGGGAGGAGCUGCGACAGGAGGUCAUCGGCAGUGCUGAGUGGCUGUUCUGUAAGAGCAGGGUGUGUGGAGUGUCCAGUGUGAUCCACGACCUGGACCAGUGCUCCCAGUACAUGGACUGCACCGAGACCCGUCUGGUCCGAGACGCUCUGGUCCUGAUCAAACCCAGCCUGGACUUCCUGGAAAAUCACAUGGACAUGUCUCUGUUCUACACCGAGCUCUUGGCCAGACUCUGCUCCUUGGCUCCGAGCUUCCCCUCUGUGAUUGGCCGGCUGUGCAGCCAGUGUGAGGAGUGGUUACUGACGUGUCCGGAACCGAUCCUCGUCCCAAAGUGCAGUUUCCUGCAGCAGCCAGGGGGGGCGCUGCAGCACACGCUGAGCGGACUGCAAGGAGGUGUUCUCUGUGUGGACGUCAGUGUGGAGGCGGAGCUUCUGGUUGCCGGGUCAGACGAGGGCGUGGUGGCGGUGUGGAGUCUCAGUGACCAGCAGCUCGUCCACACUCUGCUGGGACACACCGGUGCCGUCCUGUCCGUUAAGGUGAUUGACAACUCGUCCGGCUGCCUCUCAUUGGCUGCUGACGGCUCUCUGAGGAGGUGGAGCCUGAUGAACGGCCAGCAGCUGCUCUGCGUCCAGGAGGUGGUACCUGUUGACUCCGCCCCCUCGUCAGUACACCUCCACCUGUGUGAACAGACACGGCUGCUCUGUGUUUACACCAGCACACAGGUGAAGGUGUGGAGGCAGGACGGGGCCGAGCUCCUCCUCCUCCUCAACAGCAGCAGUGAUGAAGACUCGGUGGUUCUGGGAGUUCUGGAUGAGUCUGUAGUUUGUCUGUCUGAGUUUGGUGUGGUCAGAGUGACUCAGCCCGGGAACAGGACUCGGACUGUGGAGACUCAGCUGGAAAACUCUCAGAGACGUUUGACUCUGGUGAAAUCUGUCACGUUACCGAAACGUGGGAAAGUGUUUGUGGUUUCUGAAGAAGGCUUCCUCUAUCAGAUCUCCAGGACGGGCCGACAGACGGCUGCUGAGUUUCCUCUGGUUCCUUCUUUACUUUCUGUUACUGAAGAUGAAAAAAUACUGAUCGCAGGCGCUGAUCGAACUCUGAGCCUCUUCAACAUCGACACAGACUCUGUGGACAAGUUCCUCGACCUCCAACACGACGACAGCGUUUUAUCGGCCUGCGUCUCCUCAGACUGCAGACUGCUCGUCUCUGGAGCUGCAGACCAACUCAUCCGAAUCUGGUCUGUGACCACCGGGGCCUUGUUGGACUCUCUCUGUGGCUCAGAUUCUCCCGUCACGUCUGUGCUUUUGUAUAAGAACUUUGUGGUUUCGACCUCGGCGGCCGCCGCCUCCGUCUGCCUGUGGAGUCUGAAGUACAACACCCAACACAAACCCACCGCCCACGUCCCGUCAGGCUGCGCACACGUCGCCGUCGCCAAAGACGCAGACCGGGUUUUCUUUGUCCGACACCCGAGUCAGACGGAGGUCAUCAGCUGGAACAACAACACAGGUUGUGUGUCGGAGCGUCUCGCCGUCUCUGCUCAGGUUUGCUGUCUGGACUUGGCUCAGCACAAACGUUUGCUCCUGUGCGGCCUGACGUCCGGGACCGUCCUCAUCUACCCGCUGGCCCUGCCCCAGGAGACGCUCUGCAUCCCACCUCCAGAGAGCCUGUCCCGGGUGCUCUGCAUGGCCGUCAGCUCGCAGGAGAAGCAUGUGGCCGUGGCCUACGAGGACUCAGUGUGUCUGUUCGAGAUCACCACCAGAGACAGCUUCCCCACGGUGGAGGGGCCGUUGGACAGGUUCCCCCUGUCCCUCCUCCACGGCCCGCUGUCCUCCAUGGCGCUGCUGUCCGACCGCCGCCUGCUGUACGGGACCACCUGUGGGGAGGUGAAGCUCCACCACUUUGGCGGCGGCGGUUCCGACCUGGAGCCUCACCGCAGCAGAGUGACCUGCGUGACGGCCAGUAACUGGGGGAAUCACGCCCUGGUGGGCUCCGAGGACGCCGUGCAGAGGCUGUGGGCCCUGAACCCGCUGGUCCUGGACCACACCAUGGAGUACAAAGGGUUUUUCUUCGAGGGCGUCCUCUGUGCUGCUUUCUCCGACAGCGACCAGUUCGUCUUCACCGGGUCUCAGGACAGAACCGUCAAAGUCUGGGACGUCGCCUCAGGAAACCUCCUGUACGUUCAGUAUGUCUACUCGCCCGUCGUCAGGAUGGUCACCUACAGGAACGGCUUCGUGGCGUUGUCCCAGCAGGGCGUCGUCAUCAGAGAAGUGUUUCGCUGUCCGGACCACAUCAGUCCAGACUACAACCCUCUGAGGAACGUCAAGGCCCAGUACCGGGUCACGUCCAGAGAGAAGACCCGGAGCAGCCAGCAGGCCUCCGUGUCUGAGCUCCAGGACUUUAACCCGGCCCAGUUCAACCUGAACCUCGUCAACAUGCUCGGAUCCAAACCCUCCUCCGCCUGUCUCAUACUAUAGGACACCGGGGCCCAAACCCGGAUCCCCGGACCUCCAGGGACCUCCAGGUUUCACAUUAGGGAACAAAAUAUUUUCAUUAUUAUUGUUAUAGUAUUUUUUUAUUUUCACUGAUAUUAAAGCUAAAUAUAAAUACACAGCACAUCUGUUUUCAUGUACAGUUACUGCAGAUGUUUAGUUUUUUAUUAAUUAUUACACAGUCAACAGACACUGCACUAAAUCACCUGCUCCAGAAUAUUCUGCUUCAGCUGCUCAAAUACAUUUAAAAUACGUAGCUGCAACACAUUUAACCAUAAAUAAAGUUCAGCGUUCAGAUGGUCGGAGGAGAGGUGGAUCGACUGCUGAGACUCUGACUGAUCAGAGGAAGCUUCAAGACUUCACAGGGUUUCAGGACUUUGUUCUUUCUUCAGUCGGAGCGAAGAAUCAGCGAUGGGAAAACUCUCUGCACUGAUUUCCUGCUUGUUGCUGACAGUCGGAGCGGUGAUGGCCCAGACAGCUCAGACUCAGGUCAGUGAGCGUCUGCUGCCUCAGUGGCUCACUGGCCUCAUCGCCGUCUCUGGCUUCCUCUUCCUCACCUUCGUCGGCUUCUUGGUGAAAAAGGCCUGGUGCGAGGAGUCCAGCAG